AUGUUGUCUCCUCGCUCCGAGGCGUUCAACCACGCCUUCAAUGAGGGACUCCCGAAGACACCGCUGGACGGUUUCUUCGGCGUCCCUCCGCCGGAUUUCCCCUCGACCACCCCAACUCUUCCGCCAACCCAGGUCCCUGGGUUCUGGUUAUUUAUCUUCCCCGGGGAGUAUCACCCCUCAAUCCCCGCGGGCAAGGGUCGGUUUUUUCCGUACCCAGUAGAGGAUCCGGCGGUUCUGGGCGCCGACGACGACCUCUUCCCAGGGUCUCCACUGCUGGUCGGUGGAUUCUCUGAGGAAGGGGACCUGGAAUCACCCCCUGCCUCCCCAACAACGCCGACUUCUCCCCUCCUCACAACGUUUGCUCCUGGCAGCUGUCCUCGCGGCGCCAAAAUCUCCUCAGAUGGAACCAUCCAUCUGCCGGCCAGCGAGGAUGACGGUGGGCAGUUUCCCAUCUAUGACUGCACCGCCGUCUUGGCUGCCAGGAGCGCAAGACUCGAUUUCGGCAUUGGGAGCCGGAGCUGGACGGCGGCGGAGAACAAGGCCUGCGUGACGGCGAUGAUCCGCAGUGUCAACGCCAACAAUCUCCGCCGUCGUCAGGGAUUGGAGGAUGCGGUCUCGCGGGACCAGAUGUGGGAGAGAGCCUCGGCCUUUCUGGCCAAGAAGAGUUUCUCGCGGUCGCCGGCGGCGGUCAAGAAUCAGUGGAACCGCGAGUUGCGAUUCCGUUCCAAUGUCGAGGAACGUGAGUCCACUCGCGGUGGUGGGAUGGCGACGUCGCAACAGUCUAGACGCUCCCAUCCUGCCUCCACUGUUUCUCCCGUCGUCACCGCUCGCAAGUCUCUGGUGGUCAAGCUACGGAUGCCGAAGGCUCCACCAGCACGUACUGCUGUUCUUCCUGAGGCGCCGGUCGUCAAGAGGGGUCGAAAGCGCCGUGUGGUGGAGUCUGAGGCGGAGGAGGAGGAGGAUGCCGACAUGGCAUAUGUUAGGAAGGUUCAUGCGGAGCUGAACAACUUCCGUUCGCAGAAGCGGACUCGAAGGGCCUAAAGGGCCAGAUUUGCUGUUGCCUGUGAGAGGGAGCUGGGGUCAUCUCGUAUUGAAAAACUGUAUACUUGUUUACUAGCUGUCUUCUCUUGAUUUCUCCUCGCGAUAGAUACCCCAGAUUAGAUGUACGGUAUUUCUACCAGAAAUACUAUCGGUCCGUAAUGGUCAUACAUUGAUCAUUCCUGACACAACUUCCUG